AUGCAGCAUUCUAUGUUGCCAGUUUACACACCUCAUAGAGACCGUCUUCUUAGCUUUAUAACCAAGCUCCAGAACACUGCAUUUGCUAAGGUGGCAGAUGAAGAGAUUAAAUAUACACCAAGAAAAAAGAUGGGGGUUUUGCAUCUGAUCUUCAACUUCAGAUAUGUAGAGAAGUACACCAGACAAUUCCGGUUUCAGAAGUUAACGUUGCCCUCCAUAUUUUCCUCACACAAAAUUAUAGAUUGGUCACCACGCUCAGCUGAGAAGCUGGGAGUUUCCAUAUUGCUAUCCAGUGCAGUCAUCAAAAAAAAGAAGAUGGGAGAGCAGUUGAAAGCGGAGAUCAAAAACAGUCUGGGGGCAACUGAGAUAUUAUUGGAAAAGAAGAUGGGAGAGCAGUUGAAAGCAGAGAUCAAAAACAGUCUGGGCGCAACUGAGAUGCUAUUGGAUGAGAAGUUAAGAAGUGUGCAAACACAGUUAGAAGCCCGGCUACAAAAUCCCCUCUCGGGUCUGGAAACACAGAUUAAACAGCUGACUAAUCAGUUGUCCGCCACUGAUCAAAAAGUUUCCCAGGAAAUCGAAAAUAAGCUCCAAACUCUGCACAGCAUGCUGUUUGCCAGCACAGAAGAGUUGAAGGAAUGGAAAGAUCUCCUAGAGAAGAAACUUUCAACGUCACAGCCCACUGUGGAAAUCAGUCAUUUGGAAGAGAAAUUAGAACAGCUAGAGAAAUCAGAAAAGAAGAUGGGAGAGCAGUUGAAAGCGGAGAUCAAAAACAGUCUGGGGGCAACUGAGAUGCUAUUGGAUGAGAAGUUAAGAAGUGUCCAAACACAGUUAGAAGCCCGGCUACAAAAUCCCCUCUCGGGUUUGGAAACACAGAUUAAACAGCUGACUAAUCAGUUGUCCGCCACUGAUCAAAAAGUUUCCCAGGAAAUCGAAAAUAAGCUCCAAACUCUGCACAGCAUGCUGUUUGCCAGCACAGAUGAGUUGAAGGAAUGGAAAGAUCUCCUAGAGAAGAAACUUUCAACAUCACAGCCCACUGUGGAAAUCAGUCAUUUGGAAGAGAAAUUAGAACAGCUAGAGAAAUCAGAGGGUGGUUUCCAUGAAUAUCUGGAGUUUUAUAGCCAAGGACUAGCAGAUACAGCCUACUGCAUAGAAUUCCGGAAUGGUGAUACCCUCUUUGAGCAAGAGGAUGAGGAACCAGCUCCUGCUUUGGAACAAGAGCAACUGAACAUAGAUUUUGAUCCAGACUUGUCACUUGAUGAGAAAUGCGGGGGCCCUCACACUGCUGGUCCUCGGCAGGCUGCACCACCUCACUAUGUCAACCGUAUGCUGGCCGCCGUGAGGAAUGAAGAGGAGUCCGUUUGCAGCUGGGGCCCAGGCCUGUGCUUAGUCUGGAUG